CAACAGAUGGCAGCAGAAGCUCGAUCGUCACAGAGUGAGGCAGAUGGAGAGAAGACGAAGAGGAUGAGGAAGGGAAGGAGAUCUAAUCUCGCUUAAACCUGCAGGUGACCGGGGAGACUUUAUAUCGCUGUAAUGCCAAGAGUUCCUCUGCGCUGGGUAUUGUGGGAUAUUAAAGACACCCUGCUGAAGGUGCGGGGGUCUGUGGGAGACCAUUACUCCAAGGAGGCUGGAAGAUGGGGCCUUAGCCUGCAUCCUGCAGAGAUCAACGCUGCUUUCCGGGAGACAUUUCGGCGUUAUUCCAGCAGAUACCCAAACUAUGGCGUCUCUCAAGGUCAGACCGGACAGACUUGGUGGAUAGGAGUCAUGCGAGACACUCUGGCUGAGUGCAAAGUCAACGAUCCAGCUCUGCUGAACACAAUGGCUACCAAUCUUUACCAAGAUUUCUGCAACGCAGAAAAAUGGGAGGUAUUUCCAGACUCCAAGACGGCCCUUGAACGAUGUUCCUCUCUUGGACUGAAGCUGGGCGUUGUGUCUAAUUUUGACAAUCGCCUCGAAACGAUUUUACGCAGCUGCGGGCUGCUGUCUCACUUUAGCUUUGUGGUAACAUCGGAGGCGGCCGGCGUGGCGAAGCCCAGCCCGGCCAUCUUUCAUCAGGCCCUCCAGAAAUGUGGCACAUCCGCUGACAGAGUGGCCCAUGUUGGGGACCACUGUGUGUAUGAUUACCUUGCUUCUCGCUCUGUGGGAAUCCACGGAUUCCUUUUAGACAGAGACGACUCGCACAAAGCAGGCGAUGUUCCUCAGGAACACCGGGUUGUGACAUUGGAUGAGCUGCCGUCACGUCUUCAGGAACUUAUGAUCGAAUGACACAAGAAAAAAUCUGUACAUCCGAUUAGGCCUGUCACAAAACAAAAUUUGCUAAUUUGUCUCAGUAAUUAUUGCGAUAAAUGAUAACAUUGCUGUUUUGAGACCAUUUUCAAGAAACCUAUCGAUAAUGAAAAUUAUAAUGCAAAUUUGCCUUUUUGAGGGCCAGUAAACAGUAAAGUUUAACACUGGAACUUAAAAACAUUUUAAAUAUCUAAAUUAAGACAACCCAAAACAAUAAAAUAGAAAUAAAAAACACCCUCAGCUGAAACCAUAAAUAAAAUGGAUUAUGACGUCUCUAUAAACAAAUUUGCUCGUAAAAAUUCUUAGUCGUCAGAAUAUAAUUUAUUGAACUCAUUUUAAUUUGUCAUGCAAUUAAUUAAUAUUAAUUAAUAAUAUCUCUGCUUCAGUUGGUGCUUUAACUUUUCUCUCAUAUCUUGACUUUCUAGUGAGUGUCUUGGUAAGUUUUAGUGCUUCUUGUGAACCCAAGCGCUUCUUCACUAAUGUGAACUCUUGACAGAUUGUCUUGCAGUAGUGAUAUGUAAAUGAAAUGUACAGUAUAUGUUCAUGGGUUACGCUGUCACUACAGAUGUUUAUAUUCAAUUAGCUGUGUCCCAAAAAUGAUUAUUUGCCUAUAUGAUUAUAACACACUGUGGCCAUUAAAAUGCAAGGCUCAUAUUGAAAAUGAGCCUAAAGGACAAAUAAAUGUAAAAAUGUUUUACAAAUG